GUGAUGGAGGACCAGUGGGACCUCGAGGACAGUCUCUUUUUUUCCAAAGACACUAUUUAUUGAUAACACUUGGAAGCAUUUGAACAACUAAGCUUUUUUUUUUUGUCACAAGAAACAAAAAUGAGUUUAUCACCAAAGAAGUAGCCUGGUAAUGUAACUAUUGUAAUAAGCUGAAAACCGGUAUCAUCUGGCAAAAUAAAUAAGACUCAUCAUGUCCUUUGGAGCCCAUCCCCGAAAGGCCAACAAAAAGAAUUUGCCACUGGAAACUCUAAUGCCACAAGUUCCACGUAGCAAUUACUUGCAGUUUCAGGAAGAAAAGCAAAGACUACAACUAAAGAAAUUCCUUCUUCAUAGGAUGUUCCUAGUGGCCAGGAUAACAGCAAACAUAGAAAAAAAAGAUAUUGCUGACUACUACGAACAAUUGUUUCAGUCAAUUUUGAAACGUCACAUAGGAGAAGCAGUGACAGGAUUAUUGCUCAUAUAUCCUACGUCCAUUCUGCAUAUCCUGGAGUCCUCCAGUGGUACUUUUUACCAAAUUCUUUUAGAUUACCUGAGCCAUAAAAAGGAUGAAAUGGAAUUUUUUAUCCAAGGAAUGAAGAUUAUAGUCAUGUCCCACAAUAUCCCAACAAGGCUAUUUAUGCAGUGGCAUGUUUCAGUAGUAAAAGCACCAGUCAUGUAUCUAGAUGAUGUGACACAGACACAGUCCCUACAAGAGGUCAUGACAGAAUUUCUCAUCCAAACACACAAACUAGCACUUCACCUUUUUAAGACUGUGAAAUUGAGCCCUAAAGGACCAGGCGACAAUUUGCACCAAGCUGCACCUGAAUUACUCCUCCCAGAACAAAUAAUAAAGUACUUGUGCAACUCUGCAGAAUUAAUGGACCCAGAAGGUUUUAUAAACAUGUACAAUAAACCCAUACAUGUCACAUUGGAUUCUGAGGUGGUAUGGCCCGCUCCUUCCCAUUUCUAG